AGAUUAUAUAAAACCAAUGUGAAUACAAAACUAUUUUUUAACCGAUCCGAAACACUUAGACUCGAAUCGACCUGCUGAGGACCCGAAAAAACACUUAUAACUACCCCACUUCCACCCUUAUUUCCUCUCUUCUAAUAUUCAGAUACUACUCCCAAAUACUAAUCUUUCUUCCUUAACUUCUUCUACUAUCACCAUAAACAAACCCUUCAACUUAUUUUUCAGCUCCAUUUUCAUUGAUUAUCACCACCAUCCAUCAUCCAUCAGAAGGAGUUGAUGGGUUCAGAUGUAUAUGAGAGUCCAUGGACAUUCUCAUCCCCUACAACUAUAAGUGAUAAUUUACACAGCUCUCUUGAAAUAAAAACAAGCAAGGAAAACCAGUUUUUGUGUGGUGCAACACCUAAAAAUAUUCCAGAUCCACCUCCUCUUCCUAAAUCUAAGUUUUGGAAAAGAAGAUCAUGGGAUUGUUGUAACACCCUCAUUAAACAAACAAGAGAUCAUGUAUGGGACCACCUUUUCAAGGGUAGUUAUGGUGCUGAUGUUUAUCUCAUUGCUCAACAUAAUCAACCUGUUCCUGCACAUUUCUGUGUUCUGAGCAUUGCAUCGCCUGUAUUGAGGGAGUACCUAAUGGAUUCAAAACCUAAGUAUGGAGUCCGAUAUGUCAACAUUCCUGGAAUGCCUUUUGAAGCUGUCUCUACAUUUACACGUUUCUUAUACUCGUCUUGCUAUGAGGAAGACGAUAUGAAGAUGUUUGCUCUCCACUUAUUGGUGUUAUCACAUUCUUUUGCUGUUCCGUUACUGAAAAAAGUGUGUACGCAGUAUUUGGAGGAGUUCUGGCUGAACACAGAAAAUGUAAUAGAUAUACUCCAACUAGCAAGGAAGUGCGAUGCACCAAGACUUACCUUCAUGUGCACCCGCUUGGUUGUCAGACAGUUCAAAACUGUUGCAUCGACAGAGGGAUGGAAGGUCAUGAGGCGCGUUGAUCCCGCCCUCGAACAGGAGCUUCUGGAGUCUGUUGUCGAAGCUGAUUCUAGAAAGCAAGACAAACAGCGAAAGAUAGAAGAAAAGAGGGUAUACCUGCAACUGCAUGAAGCAAAUGAAGCCCUGGUUCAUAUAUGGAAGGAUGGUUGUAGCACUAUCGGGCCUCGAGACAAAUUACUAAAAGGAAACCAAGUUACUUGCACAUUUCCAGCGUGCAAGGGGAUCGAAAUGUUAGUCCGUCAUUUUUUCAGCUGUAAGACUCGGGUUCCAGGCGGGUGUGGUCACUGCAAACGUAUGUGGAAACUUCUUGAACUUCAUUCGUGCAUGUGUGAUAUGCCCGACUCUUGCAAUGUUCCGCUCUGUCGGCAUUUCAAGGAAAAGAUGAGGCAACAGAGUAAGAACGACGAGACAAAGUGGAAACUAUUGGUAAGAAAAGUGAUGGAAGCGAAGAGAUCGCAGGCUCCCUUUGCAGCUCGGCUUUCAGAUUUACCUUAACCGAUAGCCAUUAUAUAAUUCUCGAUGUAAAUUGGAAAAAAUGUUUAUUGAUAGGCCUCCAAGUUUUACAUAGUGAGGCGGGUGGGUUGAGAAAAUUAGAGACUUGUGAAUAUUAGAAACAUGAAGGGUUAAUAAUUCAUUUGUAUUAGGAUCAUAUCUGAAUAAAUGGAAUGUUAGCUCUGAAAACUUGUCGAUAUUCCUUUAGCUAGCUGUUGAUCCUUCCUGCUUGUAUGAGCAUUUUAAAAUUAUCAAGAGGAAACCGAAACCUGUUCAUUA